AUAGGCCAUAAAUUAAAAACGAAGUAGGAGACGCUGGUUAUCAUUUCUUGUUGUUUUCAAAAACAAGCUUAAAAAAGUUUUGUAAUUAUAAAACGUAUUUGUACAUGUAGAAUAAUCAUGUCAGAAAAGUUAGGUUUUGAAGAGCUUCGGACUAAAUUUAAGGAUGUAUUAUCUAAGGCAUUUGCUACAAGCAAUAUUGACUUGCUUGAUUCUUUUACCAAAAACACCAAUGAAGUCGAUAGAAAAGCUGCUAUGGAUCAAGCUUUCAGGGACAAAUUAUUGGAACUACUUGUUGAAGAACCCGAUACUUUAGAAAACUAUGUCUGUUUUUGUAUAGAGUCAUGUAGACGGCAGAUGGUGACACCAACAAUGCCAGUUGUUCUCCUUGGUGAUAUAUUUGAUGCACUUACAUUGAAUAAGUGUGAAAAGAUGUUCACUUAUGUUGAAAAUGGAGUUAACAUUUGGAAGGAAGAACUGUUCUUUGUGGCAUGUAAAAAUAACCUGUUACGUAUGUGCAAUGAUCUUCUAAGACGAUUAUCACGAUCACAAAACACAGUUUUUUGUGGGCGUAUAUUACUGUUUCUUGCAAAAUUUUUCCCAUUCUCUGAACGGUCUGGACUCAAUAUUGUAUCAGAGUUUAAUUUGGAGAAUGUAACAGAAUUUGGAGGUGAUAAUUCUAGUAAUCUUAAAGAUUCAUUGGAAGAAGAUAUGGUGGUAGAUAAUGAAAAAAACAAGUUGACCAUUGAUUAUAAUCUAUAUUGUAGAUUUUGGAGUCUGCAAGACUUUUUUAGGAACCCAAAUACAUGUUAUAAUAAAUUGCAAUGGAAAACAUUUGUUGCACAUUCGGGCAGUGUGCUAUCCGCAUUCUCAUCUUACAAGUUGGAGGCUGUCGAACUACAGAAAGCUAAACUGAACAGAUUGAAAACAGUAAACGCAGAUGUUGAAAUGCAAGAAUCAACAAAAGAACAACAUUAUUUUGCCAAAUUUCUUACCAAUCAGAAGUUGCUGGAAUUACAAUUGUCCGAUUCUAACUUCAGACGAUGUGUCUUGAUACAAUUCCUGAUAUUGUUCCAGUACCUUACCUCAACUGUUAAAUUUAAAAUGGAAUCACAAGAGCUGAAAAAUGACCAACAAGAUUGGGUGAAAGAGACUACUACUCUUGUAUACAAACUAUUGGGGGAAACUCCACCUGAUGGCAAGCGUUUCGCUGAAUGUGUCAAACACAUUCUGAAAAGGGAAGAGCAUUGGAAUAAUUGGAAAAAUGAUGGAUGUCCAGAAUUCCAAAAACCGAAGCCACCAGUACAGUCUGAUUCCAAUGAAGAGGUAAAGAAAUCGCGGAAAAGACGGCGUCCAGUUGGAGACAUUAUCAAAGAAUAUGAGGCCCAACAAAAAAGUUACAUGGGAAACAAUGAAUUAACAAAGCUGUGGAAUUUAUGCCCAGACAAUUUAGCGGCAUGCCGAACUAAAGAGAGAAAUUUUAUGCCCUCACUAGGGGCGACGGGGGCGGGCGCGGGGGCGGGGGCGGCGCGCACGUCGUGCGGGGGGUGGGGGUGGCGCGCGCUGCGGCUGCUCGCGCGACGGUCGCCGCACUUCUUCGUGCACACCAACAAUCCCAUCGGACGACUGCCGGACUAUCUAGACGAUAUGGUUGAGCGUGUAACUCGCGAAGUGGCAGCAAACGCAGCCGCCAAUAAUUCCAAUGGUGAUUCGGCGACCAACAAUAACGGGAAAACCAUCAAACAUGUAAGUAUUCAGAGCGACGUAUAACAUCGUAACUGCAUUUUACUACCUUAAC